UCAAAUACGCGUUGGUUAGCGGCCCGCCCCUUCCUGCCUGCCUUUCUUUCUUUCCAGUGCCGUCGGCGCUGCCGCCAUGAGUAUGCUAAGGCUCCAGAAGAGGCUGGCCUCCAGCGUCCUGCGCUGUGGCAAGAAGAAGGUCUGGUUGGAUCCCAAUGAGACCAAUGAAAUUGCAAAUGCUAACUCUCGUCAGCAGAUCAGGAAACUGAUCAAAGAUGGCCUCAUUAUCCGCAAACCAGUGACUGUUCACUCACGAGCUCGAUGCCGGAAAAACACAUUGGCUCGUCGUAAGGGCAGGCACAUGGGCAUCGGUAAGAGAAAAGGUACAGCCAAUGCUCGUAUGCCUGAGAAAGUUACGUGGAUGAGAAGGAUGAGGAUUUUGAGGCGUCUCCUUCGCAGAUACAGGGAGUCCAAGAAGAUUGAUCGCCAUAUGUAUCACAGCUUGUACUUGAAGGUGAAAGGUAAUGUGUUCAAGAACAAGCGGAUCCUGAUGGAGCACAUCCAUAAACUGAAGGCAGACAAGGCUCGCAAGAAGCUUCUGGCUGACCAGGCUGAAGCCCGCAGGUCCAAGACCAAGGAAGCUCGUAAGCGCCGUGAAGAACGCCUGCAAGCCAAGAAGGAGGAAAUCAUCAAGACCCUAUCCAAGGAGGAAGAAACCAAGAAAUAACUUCUGCCUUACAGUGUACAUAGAUACAUUUGGAGCACUAAUAAAUCUCUUAAGGAUA